CAAACAAAACAACUAUCUGCCUGCUGUGCAGGUAUUUACAUCCGCUAGUUAGUUAUAGUUAUUGUUACGUUGUUGAAGUUGAAGUCGAAGUUGGAGUUUGUGUGGCUGGAGGCGAAGCAACGUCAGCCGAGGGCAUUAGGCGUAAUUUGGUGAAGGGUUGCCUUUAUAGGGUGCAACAGCUCCCUUCCCACACACCCUUUUCUCUUGUUUUGUUUCUGUGCGUGGGCGGCUUCCUCCCUUAGCCACUUUCUUCUCUUGUCCCAACUCCCAACUCCCAAGCAGUAGAGCACAAGCCACAAGUAAAGGAAGUAAGGUCGGCAAACGAGCGACAGCUUGCAAGCUUGGUUUCUAGUUGUAGCGACCUACACAUAGACUUCUCCAAUCCCCAAUCCCAUAUUGUAUCGUAAUGGAUCCAGAAGCCCUCUCCGGCACUCUGUUCAAAUGGGAUCCUCGAGGCCUCCCACCACCACUACAGCCCUACUCCCUUGGGCGACUGGGAGGACUGGAGGAGCUGUUCCAGGCUUACGGUAUCAGGUACUACACCGCCGCUAAAAUUGCGGAACUUGGAUUCACCGUCAGCACCCUCCUCGACAUGAAAGACGAAGAGUUGGAGGACAUGAUGAACAGCCUCUCUCACAUUUUUCGCUGGGACCUUCUCGUGGGAGAGAGGUACGGAAUCAAGGCAGCGGUGAGAGCCGAGCGCAGACGCCUAGAUGACGAGAUCGACUCCUCCAGGCGCCGUCACCUCUUCUCCAACGAUACCACUACCAACGUCCUCGACGCUCUUUCUCAGGAAGGUCUAUCGGAAGAGCCGGUGCAGCAGCAGGAGAAGGAGGUGGUGGGGAGCGGAGGAGGAGGAUCAUGGGAGGCUGUUGCAGUUGCGGAGAGGAAGCUGAAGCAGCGGAGGAGAAACGGAAAGAAGAAGCAGCAGCAGGUGAUAGAGGAGGAUCACGACGAAAACGACGGAGCUGGGGAGGAGGAUCAGGACAAUAUAGAAGUGAACGAGAGACAGCGGGAGCAUCCAUUUAUUGUAACCGAGCCAGGGGAGGUUGCACGGGGAAAGAAGAACGGCCUCGACUACCUGUUCCACCUCUAUGAGCAGUGCCGUGAAUUUUUGAUUCAAGUGCAGAACAUUGCCAAGGAACGAGGUGAAAAAUGCCCCACCAAGGUGACGAACCAGGUGUUCAGAUAUGCUAAGAAGGCGGGAGCAAGUUAUAUAAACAAGCCGAAAAUGAGACACUACGUGCACUGCUAUGCGCUGCAUUGUCUGAACGAGGAGGAGUCGAAUGCAUUGAGGAGAGUUUUCAAAGAGAGGGGUGAAAAUGUGGGAGCUUGGCGACAGGCAUGCUACAAGCCUCUGGUGGCCAUAGCGGGUGCCCAAGGUUGGGACAUUGAUGCCAUUUUCAACGCACAUCCACGCCUCGCCAUUUGGUAUGUGCCUACCAAACUCCGUCAACUCUGCCAUGCCGAGCGCAACAGCGCCACCGCCUCAACCUCCGCCGAUCACCUCCCUUUUUAAUCAACUUCUCAACACGUCUACACACACAUCAUACCUGCCCCGUCCCCUACGUUUUCUUUUCAUUUCAUAUAUAAUGUAAUAUGUGUAGACCCCAUCCGCUCCAUCAAAUUUAACAUAUACAAUAUAUAUAAUAUAAUAUCGUCUUGUGUGUGGGCCGAAUCCAAUUAGGUGGUGUAGUAUCACAUAUGUGUGUCCAACUAGUUCCA